GCCGGCACUGCGGGACCCAGCCGUGCGUAAGGCUUGUGCUACGGUGUUCGGCCUGGUGGCCUCGGUCGGAGUAAGCCAGCCAUGAAGAUUACCAGGCAGAAACACGCCAAGAAGCAUCUUGGCUUCUUCCGCAACAAUUUCGGAGUCCGCGAGCCGUACCAGAUCCUGCUAGACGGCACCUUCUGUCAGGCAGCGCUGCGGGGCCGCAUCCAGCUGCGGGAGCAGCUGCCCCGCUACCUUAUGGGGGAGACGCAGCUGUGCACCACCAGAUGUGUGUUAAAGGAAUUAGAAACAUUGGGAAAGGAUUUAUAUGGGGCAAAACUGAUUGCACAGAAAUGCCAAGUUCGAAAUUGUCCCCAUUUCAAGAAUGCAGUGAGUGGAUCAGAAUGUCUGCUUUCCAUGGUUGAAGAGGGAAAUCCUCAUCAUUAUUUUGUGGCAACACAGGACCAGAAUUUAUCUGUGAAAGUAAAGAAAAAGCCUGGGAUUCCUCUAAUGUUUAUCAUUCAAAACACUAUAGUCUUGGACAAACCUUCUCCCAAAACAAUCGCCUUUGUUAAAGCGGUAGAGUCAGGUCAGCUUGUCUCAGUGCAUGAGAAAGAAAGUAUCAAGCAACUCAAACAGGAACAGGGGUUAGUGAAAAAUCCUGAACAGAGAAGAAGAAAAAAGCGCAAGAAAAUAAGUGGCCCCAAUCCUCUUAGCUGUUUGAAGAAAAAGAAAAAAACAGAGGACACAAAAUCGCCUGCUUCUAAAAAGAAAAGAAAAAGAAUAAGAAUCCGGAACAGAUCUACCUCCAAAGUACUUUCUGAGAAGCAGAAUGCAGAAGGAUAAUGAAUUCUUUGGAUACUUUUAAAGACAUUCAYGUGUGAAAAAUUAAUUUACUUUAAAGACUAUAUUUAUGAUUAAAGAUUAAACUUAUUUUUAUAAAUGAAUAAUGACCCAUAUGCUUUUUCCUAAAAUAACUUAUAAAAUAGAGUAGUUAGGUUUAGGUAUGAUAGAGUGCACUUUUUUCAGGGUUUUGAUAGAGAUUUUUCAUUGUAAAAUUAUUGUUUCCUAUCUCUCCCAAAUGUUAUAUGCAAAUAGGUUUUAAAAUCAAACAGUUUGGGGCUGGGAUUGUGGUUCAGUGGURGAACGCUCGUCUAGCACAUCUGAGGCCCUGGGU